GCAUUCUGUUUUAGUUGUGAGGUACACACUGAAUAUGAAGCUUUGCAAUAAAAUGAUGAAUCCAUAACCCUCUUUUUCAAUCAGGUUGAAAAUUAAGUUAACGUAAUUUUCAAGGUGGCUCAAAAUGUAUUGUUUCCUUGUUACUUGUGGGCGAGGCUUUGAGUGUUUUGUAACAGAAGAGAUUUUUUCAACACUUCCGAAUGCAUCAAAUGUUGAAAUUAUCAGUGAAGGCAAAAUUCGUUUCAGCAUAUCUGUUGGGAAGAAUUGCAAUGGUUUAGAAAGUCCAGCAGUGAAUCUUGAUUUUUUUAAGGGGCAGUUCUCCAAACUUUUUCAAUUGAAACUUAUUGAAAGAAUUUUCCUGCUUUUGCAUUACAAGAAGUUCGAUGCACUAAGCAUUAGAUCAGAUUUAAUUUUAGGUGAGGACUUGAUUAGUGAAAUUUGUGCAUCUGUCAACUGGAAGGAAAUCACAGACCAGGUAAAACUUUUAUUGAAGUUGCAACCAAAGUUUAAACCAACUUCCUGCUGUUGUAAAAAUUGCGAAACCCCCCUGGAAACUUUUGUCAAAGAUCUGCAUUGUGAUUGCCCUAUCACUGAUCACCAAACCAAAGCUAAAUCCACAAUCUUAUUGCCCAAUAAUGGUAGUAUAUUAUCAAUCAAAUCCAACAUACUUUCUCCCUCCACAGACAGUAUAAAGAAACACAUAGCUACUACUGAUGUAGAAGAACCCAGUGCUGAACUUAUUCCAUCCUGCUCCUCAAAGGAUAAAAAGUCUUUGAGAAUAACUGAAAAUGCCGGAAAUGGCUUUCAUCUAGCUUCCCCAAAAAUUUUCCUCUCCAAUAUCCUCCUGAUGGCACAUCUGAUCAUGAUGCGCCUCCAGGAGAAAAGAUUUUGUCUUCUGGAAAGAACACAUUUGAGUCUUCCUCGUCCACCAUGGAUGCAUCAAGCAAUGCCACAAUUGACAAGAAAAACAUCCAAGGAGUAGUUUUAUCAGCUGUGAUUAAGUCAGUUCUGCAGCAAACUGAUUGCUGGCAUCUCAACUGGAACCAGCCUAAUGUUGAUGUGUACUUCAAUAUUACCGAUCUGCAUGUUAUUUUAGGCAUUGCAUUGAGCCGCCACACUGUAUCUCUCCGUUGCUACAUUCCUCACAUUGGCCUGCGAACAACUGUGUGUUGCUUGAUGCUGAGCUUAGCUCUAGUAAUGCCUACUUCAGUGCAGCAUUCCAGCAGCCAGUCCUGCACAUCUAGUCAAAAUCCUUGCUCAACUGCACUAAUGGACAAUCAAGAUGAAAAAGAGACACCCAAGGCAAAAUCACCUUCUGAAGCUCGAGACUAUUACUCUCUCUUGGAUCCAAUGUGUGGGCAUGGGACAAUACUUGCAGAAGCUGCACAUAGCUACAGGGUUCGUCACGUGAUUGGCUGUGACGUAUCAAGAAGUCAGCUCGAGGUUGCCACCUGCAACUUGCAUGGCAUCCCGCCUGCGAGCAGCUACUCGCUCUUCACAGCUGAUGCUGCCGCAUUACCACUACUAGAUGGCAGUAUCGACGCCAUCGUGUGUGACUUCCCCUUCGGUCAGCAACAUCGCCCGUACCUCACGCGCAAGCGCCAAGAUUAUCCAUGUUCGCCGGGAUAUACAAUCAAAGGAGGAUCUGGCAGUUGCAUAACCUCUGGAACCAACGACCAUAGAAGCUUUGCAGCUCACGCCGUGGAUGAAGCAGUGCAACUUUUAGAACUGUUCCUACUUGAGUGUGCCAGGGUGCUGGUGGUGGGCGGGCCGUUGGUGGUUUUGCUGCCUGCCAGAAUGGAGGCCGACGUGGUGCGGUUGUGCACUCGCCUCUUCCCUUCUCCUGACGGCCGACACAUGACGUUGAUGGCGCGCCACAGAGUAGCGCUUGGCACAUCCAACGGAUUAAUCUGCUUUCGAAAACUAUGGCGAGUGGGGGAUAAAUUAAGCUUCAAUUCAAAGAAUAUUUUAUUUAUACGGAUGAAUGAAACUGUUGCGAAACUGGCGGUCGGAGAAGACAACGGGUUAAGCCCGUCGGUGGCGCUCUCCCCGACCAUCCGCCACCCGCCAUAG